GCCUAUAUACAAGUGGCAUGUGACCAGUCUCACUCAUUCUUUUGGGUUGAAUCCCACCCCCAAAAGUUGACAUCCCUAAUUCCACAGAACCAGGCGGCAUUAUUUAUGAGCGCAGUGAUCAGUUUGUUCUGGAAAAUGGUUUUAAUUUCGGGGGCGGGGGGGUGGAGUGAAAUUGCGAGCCACGGGCAACGUUGUAAACGUUGUUGGUUGUGGCUGUGAUUGUAGCAAGUGUUGAAGCCGGGGCAUCAUCCACUUCCAGUUCAGAAGGGUGAGGAGCGGCUGGUCAGAGAGGAGGAGGAGGAGGCAGCGGCUGCACUGCAGCGUCUUGUGUGGAUGUCGGGCCGCGGCUGCCGUUAAUCCGCUGCAGGGAGCCGAGUUGAUGAGGGGAGGUGGUGGUGGCGGCGACGACUGAGCGAGUGGAGCGAUGCGGGAGCUGGGCCACUGUCAGCCGGGCCCUGGUCCUGGUCCCGGUCCUGGUCCUGGUCCCGGUCCCGGUCCCGGGCCGGGGCCGCUGCUGCGGUUCCUGGGCCGCCGAGCGCUGAGCGGCGACCGCUUCCUCAAGGAGGGUUUCCAGCGCCAGCGGCUGUCGGGCUGCAGGAACCUCUUCAAGAAGGAUCUGCUCGGCCACUUCGGCUGCGUCAACGCCAUCGAGUUCAGCAGCGGCGCUGGCGAGCUGUUGGUGUCCGGUGGAGAUGACCGUCGUAUCUUGUUGUGGCAUAUUGAUAAAUCCAUUCAUUCAAAAGCUAAGCCUACCCAAUUGAAAGGUGAACAUCUAUCCAACAUUUUUUGCUUGGCAUUUGACAGCACCAAUACCAAUCUGUUCUCUGGAGGAAAUGAUGAACAAGUGAUUGUUCAUGAUGUUGAAAGCUCUGAAAUUGUGGACGUUUUCCCACAUGACGAUGCAGUAUAUGGCCUUUCUGUCAGUCCUGUGAAUGACAAGGUGUUUGCCAGCUCCUCAGAUGAUGGCAGAGUUCUUAUCUGGGAUAUACGGGAUUCUCAUGGAGAGCCUUUUUGUUUGGCAAACUAUCCAUCGGCCUUUCACAGUGUGAUGUUUAACCCGACGGAACCCAGACUUCUGGCCACCGCAAAUUCUAAAGAAGGUGUAGGUCUUUGGGACAUCCGCAAGCCACGAAGCUCAUUACUUCGUUAUGGUGGGAAACUUCCCAUGCAGAGUGCCAUGAGUGUCCGCUUCAACAGCAGUGGGACCCAGCUAUUAGCCUUACGCCGCCGUCUGCCUCCAGUGUUAUACGACAUUCAUUCACCACAGUCAGUGUUUGAGUUUGAUAACCAAGGCUAUUUUAACUCCUGCACCAUGAAGAGCUGCUGCUUCGCUGGAGACCGUGAUCAAUUUGUUCUCUCCGGCUCAGAUGACUUUAAUCUCUACAUGUGGCAUAUUCCUUCCAGUUUAGAGACGGGUGGCCCUGCCAGGAUUGUGAAUGGUGCAACCAUGGUAUUGAAAGGUCAUCGCUCCAUUGUCAAUCAAGUACGCUUCAACCCUCAUUCAUACAUGAUCUGCUCAUCAGGAGUGGAAAAGAUUAUCAAGGUGUGGAGUCCAUAUCUCCAACCAGAUUGUGCUAGUGACCUGGAGGGAGAGUUGGAAGAUGACACCCGUAACCUUUAUACUCAUGAGGAGUACAUCAGCUUGGUCUUAAACAGUGGCAGUGGUCUAUCUCAUGAUUAUGCUAACCAAUCGAUUCAGGAAGAUCCAAGGAUGAUGGCUUUUUUUGAUUCUCUUGUACGCCGAGAGAUAGAGGGUUGGAGUUCAGACUCUGACAGCGACCUUAGUGAGAAUACAGUUCUUCAGCUAAAUCCAGGGGCUAGUGAACGAUCGGGCUACAGCGAUUCUGAAUCUUCUGCCUCCUUGCCAUUAUCGGCCCAGCAAGGAGAUGAAUUUGACGAGGGCACAUACACGCUAGGCCGACCAAAGCCCUCCAACGCUUCAGCAACCAGGGAGGACUUGCGGUCUCGUCAACAAAGAUUGUCCGCGCUCAGGCGCUAUCAAGACGAGCUACUUCUGACUCUUUCUAAUGACUCUGAUUCCUCAGAAAACAACUUUCAGCAAGUAACUACAGGAUCAGAUACUGAUCCUGUGACAAGGCCUCGAUCUCCAAGCCCAGAGGCAAAUGAUUCCAGUAGUUCCAGUAGCGAUGGUAAGCGGCGUGCAUCGAUGCGCCAAAGAAAUGCUUCAAGAGCUAAGCAGAAACUCCGUCGAGAAAAAAGGAAUAUUCCACAUCUCAAGGUAAAACAAAAUAUUGCUGAAGAUAAUGCCAAUGAUUCUCGAUCACAAAGAGGUAAUCAUUCUUCGUCUGCUUCAUCUUCACCAGAGAGGAAUAGUGCCGAGUUCGGAAACAAUAGAGGAAGGGUAUCGCCCUGCUCAGAUAGCGAGUCUGAGGUAAGAAAGGUUUAUAAGGCUUACAGCAAGAUCCAAAAUACCUUUAAGUCACAAUUGAAAUCAAAAGGGUGUUCCAUGUCAUUUUUGUCUCUUUGUGAUGCACCAGACACGAGUGAAAAGGACUCAUUGGGUAUGUUGACCCAAGAAAAUGAUGCUGCAAGGAAAAGUGUAACAGGAUCUCAUCAAAGAUUUAGAGUAGAAAAAUGUUUGGAUGAACAUCAUGGGGAAAGCAGCACCUCUCUGCAAGCAAGGACCAAGUACUCUGCCCUUCUUAUUCAUGAAGGCAGUACUUUUGCAUCUGCAAAAGAAAUUAUGCCCGGAGAACAGGAACAUGGUGUAGAAGAUGUCCCGAGCAGCACAGAGCACUGCUAUGAGGCCAAAAAGCUUAAUGGGAAAUCGGUCCUUAUGGGCAACAACAGUAAUUUAACUAACCCGUAUCAAAUAUUUGGCAACCAAACACAAGAAUUGUGUGAUCACACAGAGGUAUUAGAAUGUGCAAAAUCCCAGCAUGUUCAACAAGUAACUAGAGAUGAAUCUGGCCAGAAAUUCAUUAAAUUGGCAUCAUCUCAAACUGUCCCUUUUGCAGAAAUUACUUUUGUUGGAACGCAAAGUAAUUCUGAUGAAUGGUGGAGAGACCAUGUUGAUAAAUCCAAAACCAGGACUUGUGACAUUGAAGAAUCCUGUUCAGAGGCUCCCUGCAAUCUUCACAACAAUGGGCUAUUUGAUCAGCAACAUGCGAACCAACUAGAGGAAUCAGCAACGGUAUCCAAGUCUGAAUCUGGUGACUGUGUACAGGUAGCCUCUUUGCACCACAAGGAAGACUGCUCCCAGCCUGGGAUAAAUGAGCAUUCAGAAUGUACUAAGAAUGGCUUGGCAGCCAAAAUAAACAUUUUUGGUUGUCCCCAAGGAACUCUGUCAUCAGCUGAGGCUGAACAGCCUUCUGGAGGGUUAAAAAGACUGCGAAAAGAACUAGAUCCAGACUAUUCACCAGCUGAGAAGAAACAGAAGACAUGAUAGAUGUGCACACAUCCUAUACCAGUGCUUACUAAUGUCACUAAAAGCAUUUUUCUCAAACUCAACAAACUGUUGGUCUGUAAAAGAGUGCGAAUUUUUGUUAACAAUUAUGUAAAUAAUUCAAUUUCCUGAAGAAAUGCUAAUACAGAUUUUUUUUUUUUUAGAUUGUGUAUGAUAAUGGUAUAUAAAAUACAAAUUAUUUGGAGUGCUUCUAACUUUGGAUUCAAAUAUCCAUUUUGGCCCAGAGGGUGUGUAAUUCUUCUGUUUAAGUAUUCAUUCUGCCAAGCAAGGGUUAAUGGUGCAUUUGGUGUCUCGAAGAUCAUAUUGUUACAGAGCUUUCCCUCGUAUUCACUCUGCAAAUUUCUACAUUUGGGCAGACAUUGAAUUUAAAAUAUUAAAGCCCAUAGAAUAACAAGUGAACAAAUGAAGAGUUUUUGAAGUCUAACACUUUAUAGUUCGAGGUAUUUUUGUUUUUAUUUUAAAUUGCCACCUUGUUAUGGUAGUCUUUUAUUCACGCAAGUGGUAAACAGUUUGAUUCUUAAGAAAAAAAUGUUUAGAAGUUGGUUGUGUACAUGGAUCUGUUGAUGAAGACAAGUUAGACAACUGUGGUCAGGAAUAAAGUUUUUGUGUUUAA